AUGCCGGAAAUAACAAUAGUGGACCCGGAAUGCAUCCCUCAAGGUGUUCACGGAAGCCAAGUAGGAAACACAUCCACCCUUGCCGACAAUGCCGAAGUUCUGAUAGAAAACCCCCUUAUGAACCCACGGCCUGCACCAGACCAAACCCCAACCUUUGGCCAGCAACUCACAGUUCUCUCACUAGAGGCUACUGCUGAACGGCAUUUGGGAUCAACAACGGGACUCUCAUUCGCAAACCUGACUCAGAUGAUUCUACGUCGGUUGGCGCCGGACAGAGCGGAUUUUGUAUUCAAUAGCCAUCGGGAUCACAUUACGGAAAUGGAUCUCUUGGACCUCAGCUCUUCUUCAAACCCCUUCAAUGACUCUUUCUUUCAAAGCUUGAAUGAGUCCAUCUCCCCCUAUCCGCUACUCUUUGGUGACCUCCUCUUCGCCGACUCUGCCGCGUCCGGCACCACCCUUGACUCCCUAUGCUGGCCAAGCAAUGAAACGCAUGUGCGGCGGCUGGUGAAUUUCUAUUUUGCUCACUCCCAUACCUUCUAUCCUAUCCUGGACCGCUCCGAGGUCAUGGACACUCUGGAAAAGAUCCAUCAAAAUCCUCAAAAUUUGGCCUCGCAAACUCCACUCCACGCCUUCAGGAUCUGGAUGGUCCUGGCCAUCGGCUCUACCGCUUACUCUUCCGUCACUCUGACUGAGGAAUCAGAAUCCAUGUUGUUUUAUAACAAGGCUCUGCAGUAUCCCGAGCAAGCCUUGGAGGGUGACGAGAUGUCUACCCUGGAAGCCAUAAUGCUCCAAGUUUCUUAUUCGUUUUUCAACCAACUAGGUCCUAACACAUGGAUUCUUGCUGGCAUAGCUGUCCGCCUGGCCUUAGACUUAGGUGACAAGUUGCCAAUCGUGCACGGGGCUGCAUUCGAUUCAUACGUGAAUCAGCAUGGGGACGAAUGUCUCCCAGGCACAAGGACAGAUAUCCUCCAUGAGAUUAGACAGUGGGCUUUCUCCCCACAGGCAAGAUGUCUCUUUUGGCUUAAUGGUAUGGCUGGGACAGGAAAGUCAACCAUCUCUCGAACAGUGGCAAAAUCCCUUAGUCAAGCUAAAUCACUCGGGGCAAGCUUUUUCUUCAAGAGAGGUGAAGGUGACCGAGGCAAUGCUUUAAAGCUUUUUCCGACACUCGCAAUACAACUCGCAACUGCCGUUCCCCAGCUGAUUCCAUCUAUCCUGAAAGCAGUCCAUGGUAUCCCAGAUAUUGCGACGAAGGCGAUGAAGGAGCAAUUUGAUAAAUUACUCCUUCAACCUCUCCUAAGCUUGAAAAAAUCCGAUCUCCCAAUCCAGACCGUGGUGAUAGUGAUUGACGCAUUAGACGAAUGUGAGGGAGAUAAUGAUGUGCGGCUCAUACUCCAGCUUCUGCCACAGCUACAGAAGUCAAAUGCUCUACGGCUGCGAGUUUUUCUAACUAGCAGACCAGAGUUGCAAAUCCGUCUAGAAAUCUCGAAGCUUGCUUGCCAUGAUCACAAAGACUUGAUUCUCCAUAAAAUUCCUAGUGAGGCCAUUAAGCACGACAUAUCCUUAUUUUUGAAUCAUCGACUUUCGGAAAUCAGGACUGAACGUCUCUUGCCUACCGAUUGGCCUGGAGAUAUAAAUCUUCAAAAGCUAGUGACAUUGUCUAUCCCAUUAUUCAUUUUUGCCGCUACUAUUUGCCGUAUUUUUCAAGACCCAUAUUGGGACCCCGAAGACAGUCUCACCGAGAUCCUUACACGUGGAAAUGAUGAAUCUAAAUUGGAUGGAACUUAUCUUUCCGUGCUCGAUCGCCUCCUCAGAGGACAAACCGACAAACGGAAAAAGUUGCUAGUUCAAGAAUUUCACCAAGUGGUUGGUCCAAUCAUGAUACUGGAGAGCCCGCUCUCAGUGAUCUCACUGUCGAGACUUCUGGGUGUCCCCGAGAGGCUUGUUCGUCUUAGAUUAAAUCUAUUACACUCAGUCCUGAGUGUGCCAGAUGAAGAGACUUCGCCAAUACGCCUCUUUCAUCUAUCUUUUCGGGAUUUUCUUCUAGACCCGGAAACCCGCCAAAGAACUCCGUUUGGAGUUGACCAGAAAGCGAUGAACCAUAAGUUGGCCAUAAAAUGCCUUCUUGUGUGUCACAAUCUGCGGAGAAACAUAUGCGGACUACCAAGCUACGGAACACAACGUGCAGAUAUUGAUCGCCACACUAUCGAUCACUGUCUGUCUCCAGAAUUGCAAUACGCCUGUCAAUAUUGGGCACACCAUUUAGCACAAUGCGCAGACUUAAAUGAUGUGAUAGAUGAUGCUCACUUGUUUCUUCGGAGACAUUUCCUGCAUUGGGUAGAAGCAAUGAGCUUACUAAACCUUGCAUCGGAAGUGAUGGAGAUUCUCGAUCUUCUCCAGAAGGUUGUUCUAGCCGACCAACAUCCUGCAGUUUCUGAUUUCGUACAUGACGCAAGGCGCUUUAUGCUGAAAAAUCUCCUGAUAGCCGAUGAGGCGCCCCUUCAACUUUACUGCUCAGGACUUAUAUUUGCACCCCAAGCGGCAAUAAUUCGUAGAGAGUUUGGAGCGGAGCUUCCUUCUUGGAUAUCCCGAUUACCAAAUGUUGACCAAAGAUGGAGCGCAGAAUUGCAGACACUCGAGGGCCAUUCAGAUUUGGUUUGGUCGGUGGCGUUCUCGCCUGACGGCCAGCUAUUAGCGUCUAGCUCCAGUGAUAAGACGAUCCGGCUCUGGAACACGGCGAAGAUGAUGCUGCGUCACACGCUCGAGGGUCAUUCAGGUGCGGUUCUAUCCGUCGCUUUCUCACCCGACGGCCAGCUACUGGCGUCAAGCUCUUAUGAUAAGACGGUCCGGUUGUGGGAACUAGCAACGGGUACGCUGCAGCUGACUCUAGAAGGCUCUUCUGGUCCGGUGCAGUCAGUGGCCUUUUCACCCGAUGGCCAGCUAGCAUCCGGCUCCGAUGAUCGGACAGUCCGGCUCUGGAACUCGGCGGCGGGCACACUGCAGCAUACUCUCUUAGGCCAUUCAGGCAGGGUUAAGUGCGUGGCCUUCUCGCCAAACGGUCGGCUACUGGCUUCCGGCUCAGAUGACCGAACAAUUCGGCUCUGGAACACAGCAAGGGGCACACUGCAACGUACACUCGAAGACCAUUCAAUUUGGGUUCAGUCGUCAGUGGCCUUCUCGUCUGACAGCCGUCUACUGGCGUCUAGCUCCAAUGAUAACACAGUCCGGCUCUGGGAUCUGGCAACAGGAGUGCUGCAACAUAUCCUGGAAGGCCAUUCAGGUUGGGUUCUAUCUGUGGUCUUCUCGCCCAACAGCCAGCUACUAGCGUCCGUUUCUGGUGAUCAUGCUUCUGGAUCCGAUGAUAAGUCAAUCCGGCUUUGGGAUACAGCGACGGGCAAAUUGCGGCAAAUACUCGAGGGUCAUUCAAGUUGGGUUCGGUCGGUUGACUUCUCGCCCGAUGGCCAGCUAUUGGCAUCUGGCUCUGGUGAUGCGACUGUGCGACUGUGGGACCUAGCGACAGGCACGCUACAGGAGACUCGCGACAGCAGUUCAUAUCUCGGUUCAAUUCUAGAGAUGGCCUUCUCGCCUGAUGGCCAAACGCUAGCGUCUGGCUACGAUGGCUCUGGUGAUAAGGCUGUCUUACUUUGGAAUACGGCGACAGGCACGCUACGUCAGAAGCUCGAGGGUCAUCUAGGCGCGGUUUUAGCAGUCACCUUCUCGCCCGACAGCCGGCUACUAUUGUCCAGCUCCACUGACAAGACAGUGCGGCUCUGGGACACUCUGACAGGCACGCUGCAGCGGACUUGGACUGUUGAAGCAAUAAUCACAAAUCUUGAAUUUCCUCAGGACGAACCAUUGCCGGGCACUAACUCUGGAGCCCUCGAUAUUCAACCCAGGUGUGAUAGUCCAAGGCCUAGUUCACACCAUGUGAGUCCGGAGAUUUCCAUUGACCACGGGCAAUGGAUAAAAUUGAACGGCGAGAAAGUUCUCUGGCUUCCUAUCGAGUUUCGGCCUAGCUGUUACGCGAUUGAUGGAAGUUUAAUAGCGCUAGGACACGCAUCACGUCAGCUCUCCUUCAUAGAAUUUAAGAUGUAG